AUGUCAACCUUAGCAAACGUACGCGCGUCGUCCGUUCAAAGGACCGGAUAUCAAGGAUCAGUCGUGAGAUUUUGGCAGCGGUCCUAUGCGAGUGACUAUGUCGGCCUCGCUCUGCUCAUCGUUGCAUAUCUACUUAUCGUCCUCUUUGUCGAGCCUUUCCAUCGCAUGUUCUCCCUCGAUAAUAUCGCCAUCCAAUAUCCACAUGCUCUAGUCGAGCGUGUGUCUGUGACAUGGCUAUUUGUAUAUGCAGGUGCCGUUCCAUUAGGAGUACUGGUCGCAUGGGCAGCAAUAUCCCGCCCAGGAGGACAUAAAUCACAUGUAUCAAUAUUGGGGCUAUUUAUCAGUCUAAUACUUACGUCCUUCAUCACGGAUGUGAUCAAAAAUGCGGUUGGACGACCUCGACCGGACCUCAUUGACCGGUGUCAGCCGAAACAAGAUACACCUCAACACCAGCUCGUCACCUUUGAGAUAUGUACACAAGAGGAUCAUCAUACGCUGCAUGAUGGAUGGCGAUCGUUUCCAUCUGGACAUUCGAGCUUCGCGUUCGCUGGUCUUGGGUAUCUCGCCCUUUUUAUUGCCGGGCAAUGCCAUGUGUUCAGACCACGAACCGAUCUUGCUCGAGUGUUGUUGGCUCUCGGGCCCUUACUUGGCGCGGCGAUGAUCGCCAUAUCCAGAUGUGAGGAUUAUAGACAUGACGUAUAUGACGUAACAACUGGAUCUCUGAUCGGAAUGUUGGUGGCACUCUUUACAUAUCGGAGAUAUUAUCCCCCGUUAAGGUCUUCGCGCUGCGAUGUACCAUACCCGAACCGACUUGAUGAUGCAGAGGAGAAGGGCUAUGGUAAAAGAAGGGACGAUGAAGAAUCAAGAGUAGCUGCGGCAAGUGAGUUUGAAUUAGAGUCUCUGGACGAGGAGGACCAUGAGCGAAUGCCACUACACAACCAGCGAGCGUGA